CAAGAGGAGCACCUCGUGGACGCAACCUUAAAGACUAUAUACAUUUUAAUACCGCUGUCCGUUUUGUGAAGUACAUGGACGAUAAAGAUGAAUUCAUAGUUACAGUAAAUGAUUAUAGCAUCAAACAGACACGAGAGGAAACGUUUUCACACGUUAUUGUAGCAAAUGGUAUUUUUAACACACCAAAUCUCCCAGAGUACCCUGGUAUGAACGAGUUCAAAGGUCGCAUUCUACAUUCGCACGACUUUCGCGACGCUAGGGACUUUACUGGACAAAGGGUAUUGAUUAUUGGCGCUGGUUAUACCGGCGAAGAUCUGGUAGUGCAACUACUCAAGUUUGGAGCGAAAAGCGUGAUUCUCGCCUACAGAACCAGACCUAAAGGAGAUACAUGCAUAAUGCCAGACGGUGUUGAAGAGAGACCAAUGGUGGAAUGUUUUGACUAUGAUAAGGCCCACUUCAAAGAUGGGUCAUCUGCAGAAAUCGAUGCCGUUAUUUUGACUACAGGCUACAGGAACUAUUUCCAAUUCUUGGAAGACAGAUUUAGGAUUCCAGAGGAAACGCAUCCUUACCCAGAAGGAUUGUACAAAGCUUCUUUAUUUUACAAGGCAGGAAACAACCGACUGUUUUAUAUAGGUGUUCUAGAGUAAAUUCAUACCUUUCUGUUCUUCGAAGUCAUGGCAAGCUGGACUUGCAAAUAUAUCAUGGGGCAACUACCAGAUGAACCAAAAGAACAAAAAGAGAUGGAAGCCGAUUGUCAUAAAUGGAUUGAUCACCUGAACGCAGUCACAUCAGAGGCGGAUUUCGCUCGUUUUCAAACAACUCUGAUAUCACAUCUAGCAGAGCUAUCAGGUUAUAAUAACGAUGUCGCAAAGAGAGAAGAGAUCCUCCAGCAAAUGUUAAGAGACAGGAAAGACAGUUUAGGCCUUGCCAGUUUCAAAGACAGGUGUUUUACUAGUAUCUACAGCGGAACAGUCGCACCCGAACAGACUCCAUACUUGCAAAAUUUUGAUGAUAGCAUCGAAACAUUUCUUCAGUGCAAGUAAAGAGUGAUUAAAGUAAAUUUAUAUGACUAUUCAAACAUUUUUUACUCGGAUUAAACAUAUAGCUCAGAACUUCUAUGUUGUCAUACUUGGUAGAUUAUAGAGAUAAUUGGAGCCAUGCUGAUUUUAUCAAUAUAUCGAAUAUUUGACAAGUUUUUAAAUUGUGUUUAGACGCUUUAUUUUCCUAUGAAAGCACUUGUCUUAUAUAUAUGUACUUGUAGUUUUUUCAAUACUUUUAAAAUAACUUUUGUAAUUGUAACAUAUACGAGGAACUACCGUAUUUGAAAGAUUACCCACCACUGUGAGCUCAUGUGUCAAUGAGCCGAAUUCUGUCAUGCAGGAAGCAACCCAAGCAAAACCAAAAGGACUUCUUUGACGGUUAAGAAUUGUGCGUUUGCAGUUCCUUUACCAUUUCUAAACUCUAACUGAUCUCUCCGCAAUCUCUAUAUUAAAAUUUCCAAAGUUUAUGGAAGGUUUAUACUAUGAUAUAUACUCUAUGUCAGUAUUGAUUGUCACAAAGUGUUUAUCAACAAGUGUCGAUCAGGUUCCUUCAUGUUAGUAACACAGUAUUGUUC